UGGAAGUAAAGUCUGCUCGGCCUCGGAAUAUCGGCCAUACGGACCUCAUUCGUCAUCUGGAGUCUGCAGGCUGGUGAGCAAGCCCCCGGGGAGCAAGAAGGAUGGGGAGCGGCGCUGCGAGGAGCAGCCGCGCUGACAGGCGCCCAGUGCUCUUUCCCUUCCUGCUGUCUUUGUCUUUGUUCUGGCCCGCGCUCUCAGAGCCGAUCCGCUACUCCAUCCCAGAGGAGAUGCCCACGGGCUCCGUAGUGGGGAACCUCGCCAAGGACCUGAAGUUUAGUACCCAGGACCUACUGAGUCGAAAACUGAGGAUCAGUUCGGAGGAGCCUUACUUCAGGGUGAACGCAGAGAGCGGAGAGUUGCUUGUGAGCGGCAGCAGGCUAGACAGGGAGGCGAUGUGCGGGAAGAGGCCAGUUUGCGCUCUGGAAUUUGAGGCUGUGGCUGAAAACCCAUUGAACUUUUAUCACGUGACUGUGGAGAUCUUGGACAUUAAUGACCACGCGCCAAAAUUCACGCAGACUUCCUUUGAGCUGGUAAUAAGUGAGUCCGCACAGCCUGGCACGCGAUUUAUAUUAGAAGAGGCAGAAGACGCAGAUAUUGCCUCAAACACUCUACAGAAUUAUAAACUCUCUCCUAACCCUAGUUUUUCUCUGGCAAAUGAGAACCAAGACGGCAAUAGAUACCCAGAAUUGGUAUUACAAAGAACCUUAGACCGGGAGCAACAAAGUUCUCACCGUUUAGUCCUGACUGCCUUGGAUGGUGGCACGCCACCCCUGAGCGGGACUGCUGAGCUCCGGAUCCAGGUCACAGAUGCCAAUGAUAAUGCCCCUGUAUUCAGCCAGGGACUGUACCGAGUCAAUCUUCCGGAAAAUGUGCCUCCAGGCACUACGGUGCUACGGGUGACAGCCACGGAUCAAGAUGAGGGCCUCAAUUCGGAAAUCACGUACUCCUUCCUCAGAACCGAACACGUUUUUAGUCUGAAUUCAAAAAGCGGGGAAAUUACAACUCAAAGGAGCCUGGAUUUCGAAGAAAUCAAGGAAUAUUCUGUAGUGGUGGAAGGGCGGGAUGGUGGAGGACUCGUUGCACAAUGUACAGUGGAAAUUAACCUUCAAGAUGAAAAUGACAACAGCCCAGAAAUUACAUUCCAUUCUCUACUCGACAUGAUUCUGGAAAACGCAGUGCCCGGAACCAUAAUUGCUUUGAUCAAAAUACGUGACGAAGAUUCUGGAGACAAUGGGGAGGUUAAUUGUCAACUAGACGGUGAAGUUCCUUUUAAAAUCAUCUCUUCUUCCAAAAAUUCGUAUAAGUUGGUAACGGAUGGUACCUUAGACCGAGAGGUAGCUCCUGAGUACAAUAUCUCCAUCACUGCCACGGACAGGGGCAAGCCGUCCCUGUCCUCAAGCAAAAACGUCACUCUACGCAUUGGCGACGUGAAUGACAACGCUCCGGUUUUCCACCAGGCCUCCUACGUGGUCCACGUGGCUGAGAACAACCCUCCCGGAGCCUCCAUCGCCCAAGUCAGCGCCUCCGACCCAGACCUGGGACCCAACGGUCAAGUGUCCUACUCCAUCCUGGCCAGCGACCUGGAGCCAGGCGCGCUGUCGUCCUACGUGUCGGUGAGCGCGCACAGCGGGGUGGUGUUCGCCCAGCGCGCCUUCGACCACGAGCAGCUGCGCUCCUUCCAGCUCACUGUGCAGGCGCGCGACCAGGGCUCGCCCCCGCUGCGCGCCAACGCCAGCCUGCGCGUGCUGGUGGGCGACCGCAACGACAAUGUGCCGCGCGUGCUCUACCCCGCGCUGGAGCCCGACGGCUCGGCGCUCUUCGACAUGGUGCCGCGCGCCGCCGAGCCCGGUUACCUGGUCACCAAGGUGGUGGCGGUGGACGCCGACUCUGGACACAAUGCCUGGCUGUCCUACCACGUGCUGCAGGCCAGCGAUCCCGGCCUCUUCAGCCUGGGGCUGCGCACCGGCGAGGUCCGCACCGCUCGCGUCCUGGGGGACAGGGAUGCGGCCCGCCAGCGCCUGGUGGUGGCUGUGCGCGAUGGUGGACAGCCGCCCCUCUCGGCCACCGCCACUCUACACCUCAUCUUCGCAGAUAGCCUGCAAGAAGUGUUGCCAGACCUGCGCGAUGACCCUUCGCCCUCGGACCCUCAGACAGAACUACAGUUUUAUCUGGUGGUUGCCUUAGCCUUCAUCUCUGUACUCUUUCUUCUUGCUGUGAUUCUGGCCAUCACCCUCCAUCUACGAAACUCUUCCAGCCCAGCUGCCUGGGGCUGCUUUCAGUCAGGUCUCUGUUCCAAGUCAGGGCCCAUAGGUGCCCCCAAUUACAGCGAGGGAACUUUGCCUUAUUCCUAUAAUCUAUGUGUUGCACAGUCGGGGAAGACAGAAUUAAAUUUCCUGAAAUACAAUGAGCAGUUGAGUUCAGGACAAGACAUUCUUUGUGAUGUAGUUGGCAGUAGUUCUCCUGGGGCCUUAAUUCUUCCACUCCAUGAUGGAGAUGACUUGACUUCACAUCCUGAGACUCUAAUCCCGGUAAGUUUCAUUUUUGUGUCUUUAAUACCCUAG